AUGCGCAAUGAGGUAUCCGGGGAGCCUACGGUGGAAGAGGAGGAGAGGAAGGUCCUCGAACAAGUUGUAGAGAAACCGUCGGAGGGAGGCGUGACUAUUCACAUCGAGAAGAGCCCCGAGGGUGUCGAGCCUGUUUUGAAGGUUCACCCCAGCUUCAAGCAAAGCGACAUUCACUCGCACUCAGAAUGA